AUGUAUCAAUACUAUUCAUAAAGAAGCUCUAUUUAAGAAAACGAUUAUAAUAGAUCUUUUGGGAACAUGCUUAAUUCCACUAAAUCUGAUACUCUUUAGACUGAUUAAAGACAUUCAGGAUGUUUAAAUCGAUUACAAAUCUUAGUCUAAGAAUUAGAUAGAAUGGCUGAAGCUUAAAAGGUGGCCAAUUAAGAAAUAACAUAAUUAAAAUUAGAACUGGAAUAAGCUAAACAAAAUAAUUAAACUCUGGUUUUAAAUAAUGGUUUUGAUUCUGAAAUACUUGAAGAAUUGAAGCUACAACAAUAAAAAUUUAUCUAAUAUAAACAAGUUAAGGAAUAAUAAAUUGAAGAAUUAGAAAACGAACUUCUAAAAAUUCAUAAGCAAUUUAAGGAAGAAAAGUUAAUUAGAAUGGAUUUAAAUCAGAAGUAUGAACAGAAAUAAAUGGAAGUUGAAUAUUUACAAAAAUAACUAUAGAAAAAUACUUAACAAGAUUAAGAUUCAAAUGAUAGUGGUAUUCUUAAUUAAUUACAUGAAGAUGUAAUUGAAUUAUAAUGUCAAAAUAAAGAACUUAAAAACAUUAAUUUAGAUUAUCAAUAAAAAAUAGAAGAACUUUUAAAAAAUUAAAAAAUCUUAGAAUAGAAGUUAAAACAAUAAUAAAUAGAUAUAUCAUCUUAAUCUUCUCCCAAUAAAAAUUAAUAAUCUUUAACUGAAUAAAGAACUAUUCCUAUAUCAAAAUAUAAUAGAACUCAAACUAUGUAGCCUAUGUAUUACACAAAUGAACAAAGUUCUAAUUAAUAAACAGCUUCAAGAUUAUCAUUUAAUAUACUAUAAUAAAGAUUAUCAUAAGUUCAAAUAGAAUAGAACAACAAUUCAGAUAAUCUAUAAUAAGAUACUAUAAGAAAAGAUUCAUUAAGAAGUAAACCUAAACCUGUGGAAAACAUAAAAUAUUCAACAAGUAAACUUGUUUAGUAAUGUUGA